AUGAGCAGUCCAAACGUAUCGACGGGAAUAAAUCUCGCAUUAGACCCCAAUUUAUUAUCAUUACAGAAAGAUCCACCACAAUCAACGUCACCGACCAGUUUCACUGGAAGCCCUACAACAAAUGAAUCUACAACAACUAAUACCGUGGAGACGACGGAACAGAAUAAAAUUGGCUCGUUAGUGAAUAAUCCAUAUGAACAGUAUGGUAAUAUGCCGCUAUCACAAGUAGUGCCUUUAAUCUUACAACAGAAGCAGAUGACAUUUGCACAAUUAUUAGAAUCUCAGAUUGAGGAAGAGAUUACAGUUGUGCAAUCAUCUGAAGUCGAUCCGAUCGAGACAGAUGAUGGCAUUCUUAAGGAUGAGGAAAAAGAACAAGAUGAACAAGAUCAACCAAUGAUUGCACCUACUGAACCAAUUGCAAACAAAAUUAUCACAACAACACAAGAACCUACAGACUCUACAACAUUGGAAUCAAUCCGUUCCACAAUGGUAGAGCAGAUCAAUACCGCGAUGAACGAAUCCUCGUUAGCUCUAGAGACCGUAUCAUUACUUUUAUCUGCAGUGCGUGAAAACAAUGCCAAGAGUUCUUUGUCUCCUUACUUGAAGAGAACGAUACCAAUGGGAUCAUUAAACAGCGAUCGUGUUAACAACCCACCAGAUAUCGACAAUCAAUUACGUACUGUUCAAUUUGGAGUCGGUUGGAAAUUAAAAUCAUUAGAUGAAUCCCGUACUGUGUUAAGAGAUACUGCAGAUUCUCUAUGGUCAAUCUUAGCCAAAGAACAUUCGUAUUGGAAGAUGAUCUCAGAAGUGAUUACUAAUAGUGAUGUUGUCUUUAAAGUCCGUGAACGUGGUAGUGCACAACGAGUCCUUGGAAUCAAAUAUGGUUAUGAGGAUAGUGGUUCGACUUAUCGGUUGGAUCGAGGGGUAGCAUUAUUACGAAACAAUGAAGAAUUGGAUAAAUUAGAACUUGUUCCAUUUAAUGGAGAAACCUCUAGAGUAAAUGGUAGUUCCACCAUACAUUCAAAAUCAAAAAAUAGUAACAAUACCAAUACUGGUGGAAUUAAGAAUAUGAUCAGUGGGAUGAAUGGUACACCUGCAGUGACAGUUCCUACGAUCAAUCCAAUUGAUAAUAUUAGUAACGAUGGAGGAUCAUCUCAUCAACUAAUGAAGUAUUUCCUUAGAGUUCGUAUAUUUACCAAACUUGAAUAUGAGGAUGAUUAUAUAUUGAGUGGUGAGAGUCAUGUCGAUCCUAAAUUUUUCAGUAUUGGAACAAUCCGUUCUCAAAUUCAUAAAUUCAAGGAUAUAAUAUUUGAAAAAGAGUUAAUGUAUCGAUUAAAGAAAGAAUGCAGUUCAUUAAUUUCCUAUGGGGUACGUAUUGAGAAUGAAAACAAGAUCGCUAUAGAAUUACCUCAAGAGAAGUUUGAGAUCGAACUAGUGAGUGUAGCAGAGGAUGAAUGCGAAGGUGGUAGUUUACCAGAUGGUGGCAAUGCCACACGAAUCAACGAUAAACGUGCCAAUUUGAUAUUGAUUACGCUACGAGUCUUAUUAGUAGUAAUGUUUAAGAAGAAUUUAAAACGUCAAUUAUUAUCGGGACAUGUUAAAAAAUUGAAUUCUAUUAAUGGUAUAGAUGGAAUCUUAUUAAUUAGACCAAUAUUAGGUACGUUACGUCAUAAAAACUAUAAGACGUUAUUAUUACGAAUCAUUCGAGAAAAUGUAUUGGAUGUAAUAAAGGAUAGUUCUAUAACAGUGACGAAAAGACGUGAUACUACCACCACCAAAUCUGAUAAAUCAGUUCAGCAAGAUGAGCAUAUCGAACGCUUAGAUGAAGAUAUUAAAGUCUUCAAUCAAAUAUUAAAGAUGCCUGUGACACAACUUGAUAUUACAUUACCAAAAGAACAAUCCUUAAGAGUUACGUUACGUACUACCAAUUAUUGCAAUGCAGUGAUACAUGUUGUAUAUACUGAAAAGGGUGAUGAAGUCUUAUUUGAUACAACAUUUACAGAAUUCAAAGAAAUUGAAGAAUUUUUACAUUUUUUAAUAAGUGAAUACGUCAUAUCGAAUGAAGAAAGUACUUAA